UAUGGAGAUGUGGGACUAUAAAUAGGAGGGAUGAAGCCAGCACAGAUCAGAUUGUCUCUACACAGACCUCCACAGCACACACAUCCAACCAUGGCUCCAACAAUCACUGCAGCAAUGACCAACUCUGAGGAACAUCUGACUCUGACACACAAGCUGAGAAAGCCUCUGGUUGAGAAGCUCCGCAGAGAGCGAAUCAACAGCAGCAUCGAGCAGCUCAAGUCUCUCCUGGGUCCAGAGUUCCUCCAACAGCAGCCAGACUCCAAGAUGGAGAAAGCAGACAUCCUGGAGAUGACAGUGUGUUUUCUGAGACGACUGCAGCAGCAGCAGAAGAAGCUCGCAUGCUUCAGGUCUACGAAUGACAUGAAGACACCACCACAGCUGAGUCACCUCGGUGAUCUCCACCCUUCCUCUGAUAAAACCCUGACAGAAGCUGACUUGUGUCUCCUGAGCUCCUCAGCCCAGACCACCUUCCCUCCAGUCAGCAGCGCCCUCUGGAGGCCGUGGUCGACACCUACAGACGCCGCAGAUAUCUGCCAGACAAACUGAAAGGACCAUAUUGGUCAAGUUCAGUAACGUUGUUCCAAAGUGGACAUUAGAUGAUAUUUCUGUAUUUACAGAAGGCAGCGACGAUGACAAAACAUUUAUUGUGUUUUUCAUUUUAUUUUCUAUUAGAAAAUUAUUCAAAUAUUAAGUCUUUUGAUUUUGAUCCUUAUGUGUUUAUUAAAAUGUGUACUUGUUCAUCCUUUGGAGGACUUUGAUAUUUUAAGAUACUUUAACUGAAAGUAUGAAAUGAUACUCAUUGAAUGAGUAAACUCUGUUUUCUGUGAAAAUGUUUUGCUUGCAGUUUUACUUCAAUGUUGUAAAAGUAUUUUGACAGUCCUAUGGAUCAUUAUGAUCAGGAUGAAAUUGUUUUUAUUUUGAAAAACAUAUCUGUUAUGUGAGUACAUCUGGGGACUCUCCAGUCGUAUGGAAUGGAACUUUUGCUUUUACCUGUAAUCUGUCGUCUCACUGAUCAGUUUUAAGAUCAGGUCAUUAUUUGACUGUUCAUGUUUGGGAAGUGUAACACUACUUUUGUAGCAAUUUUAUCAGCUUGAAAGACACAGUGUGUCUCUUAUCUACUCUUGAUCUAUUUUAAGAUUAAUAAUUUCCUGUUGUUCUUAUAAAUAACAUGACGUGGCAUGAAAGUACAUUAUAUUAAUGUGAAUACUGUUUAUGUUAAACACUAACAUCUGUCUUUUCUACUGGAUGUUUUGAUCCAUUACUCUGUAGGAGUACAAUGUGUCUUGGAAAACUGUCUGAGCUCCUGUUACGAUGUAUCAUCCAACUUUUUACAUUCAGUUGAAAGUUUGUCACCUGACAGACCUUGUGUUUGUUUGAAUAAACACUUCA